UUGUAUUUAGUUGUUUCAGUUAUACAUACCUUUUCAGAAAGGAACAAAAUACUACAAUUCAAUUAUCAAUAAAAUCAUUAUAAAACCUAAAGCCCAAUAAUUGGCUGAGAGAGCAUUCUUCUGUUGCUUGGUACUUGGCCGGUUCAGACAUUCCCCCAGGGAUGAAGGGGUCUACCUUUUAACCAUCGGUAAUGUAACCUAAAGGCUCUGUACAAAGCCCACCCUUUAUUACCGGCUCCUCUCUGAGCUCAGCUCUCUAGUCUUGGAAGAACAGUACUUUCAGAGCUGGAGUGGGGGUGGGAGUGUCACAUGACAUAACGCACUUUUAGCACCCACUGCUAGCACCCACUCUGCAUUUGCUCUGAUUUGGGCAUAUUUUCUUCGUCUCCUCAGCAGAGAGCAGUUCACCUUGGUUAAUGCCCUUAAACCUUAGACCACUCAGCUGCUCAUAAACCAAGAAGAAACCCAGCCGUGUCAGGCCUAGAAAUGUCCAUCCCUGCCCCCAACCCCCUUAAGACAGUGACUAGGCCAGCAUUCUCUCGGUUGAUAAAUCAGAGGAGCUGAGGAGCCACCGCGAUGACGGCUCCGAGCAUCUGAUUUGUGAGAAGGCGAAAUCUCCAGGAGCACCAUGGAGAUGCUUUUGGAAAGCGAGCCAGCCUACCUGCAGGAAGGAGGACGCGAGAAAGAGAGCAUGGCAGAGAGAAACGUUUAAGGGAGAUGGCCUGGAGGUGGCCAAGGAGGAACAUCUGAAAAGGAAGCAAAGGCCGCAUCUCGGGAAACCUCGGAGGAGCAGGAAGCCACCCACCACCAUGAGCAGCACUCUGUCACCCACAGACUUCGACAGCUUGGAGAUCCAGGGCCAGUAUAGUGACAUCAACAACCGCUGGGACCUGCCUGACUCAGAUUGGGACAAUGACAGCAGUUCAGCCCGCCUCUUUGAGAGGUCCAGAAUUAAGGCCCUGGCAGAUGAGCGAGAAGCCGUGCAGAAGAAAACCUUCACCAAGUGGGUGAACUCACACCUGGCCCGGGUGACAUGCCGGGUGGGAGACCUGUACAGCGACCUGCGGGACGGGCGCAACCUCCUGAGGCUCCUGGAGGUGCUUUCAGGAGAGACACUGCCAAAGCCCACAAAGGGCCGCAUGCGGAUUCACUGCCUGGAGAACGUGGACAAAGCACUGCAGUUCCUGAAGGAGCAGAAAGUGCACUUGGAGAACAUGGGCUCCCAUGACAUUGUGGACGGAAACCACCGCCUGACCCUUGGGCUGGUGUGGACCAUCAUCCUUCGAUUCCAGAUCCAAGACAUCAGCGUGGAGACAGAAGACAACAAGGAGAAAAAGUCAGCCAAGGACGCCCUGCUGCUGUGGUGCCAGAUGAAGACUGCAGGGUAUCCCAAUGUCAAUGUGCACAACUUCACCACCAGUUGGAGAGAUGGGCUGGCCUUUAAUGCCAUCGUGCACAAACACCGGCCAGACCUCCUGGAUUUCGAAUCCUUGAAGAAGUGCAAUGCACACUACAACCUACAGAAUGUUUUCAAUCUGGCUGAAAAGGAGCUGGGCCUGACCAAGCUGCUGGAUCCUGAAGAUGUGAAUGUGGAUCAACCAGAUGAGAAAUCGAUCAUUACUUAUGUGGCCACCUACUACCACUACUUCUCGAAGAUGAAGGCCCUGGCUGUGGAAGGCAAAAGAAUUGGCAAGGUCCUGGACCACGCCAUGGAAGCAGAGCACCUGGUGGAGAAGUAUGAAUCCCUGGCCUCUGAACUGCUGCAGUGGAUUGAGCAAACAAUUGUGACCCUCAAUGACCGGCAGUUGGCCAACUCCCUGAGUGGGGUCCAGAACCAGCUGCAGUCCUUCAACUCCUACCGCACCGUAGAGAAGCCACCCAAGUUCACGGAGAAAGGGAACUUGGAGGUGCUGCUCUUCACCAUCCAGAGCAAGCUGCGGGCCAACAACCAGAAGGUCUACACACCCCGUGAGGGCCGGCUCAUCUCCGACAUCAACAAGGCCUGGGAGCGGCUGGAGAAAGCUGAGCACGAGCGUGAGCUGGCCCUGCGCACGGAGCUGAUACGCCAGGAGAAGCUGGAGCAACUGGCUGCCCGUUUCGACCGAAAGGCCGCCAUGCGGGAAACCUGGCUCAGCGAGAACCAACGACUAGUGUCCCAGGACAACUUUGGGCUGGAGCUGGCAGCAGUCGAGGCUGCAGUGCGGAAGCAUGAAGCUAUUGAGACAGACAUCGUGGCCUACAGUGGCCGGGUACAGGCGGUGGAUGCUGUGGCCGCAGAACUGGCAGCCGAGCACUACCAUGACAUCAAGCGCAUCGCUGCGCGGCAGCACAACGUGGCUCGGCUCUGGGACUUCCUGCGGGAGAUGGUGGCUGCCCGCCGAGAGCGGCUUCUUCUCAACCUGGACCUGCAGAAGGUGUUUCAGGACCUGCUCUACCUCAUGGACUGGAUGGCAGAGAUGAAGGGCCGACUGCAGUCUCAGGACCUGGGCAAACACCUGGCUGGUGUGGAGGAUCUGCUGCAGCUGCACGAGCUGGUGGAGGCAGACAUCGCCGUGCAAGCUGAGAGAGUGCGGGCCAUCAGCGCCUCUGCCUUGCGUUUCUGCGACCCAGAGAAAGAGUACAGACCGUGUGACCCACAGCUGGUGUCAGAGCGGGUGGCCACCCUAGAGCAGAGCUAUGAAGCCCUGUGUGAGUUGGCAGCGACUAGGAGGGCCCGUCUGGAAGAGUCCCGGCGCCUCUGGAGGUUCCUGUGGGAGGUGGGCGAGGCUGAGGCCUGGGUGCGGGAGCAGCAGCACCUCCUGGCCUCAGCUGAGACAGGCCGGGACCUGACCGGUGUCCUCCGCCUGCUCAACAAGCACACAGCCCUGCGGGGUGAGAUGAGUGGUCGGCUAGGACCCCUGAAGCUCACUCUGGAACAAGGCCAGCAGUUGGUUGCUGAGGGCCACCCUGGAGCCAGCCAGGCCUCAGCCCGUGCAGCAGAGCUCCAGGCCCAGUGGGAGCGGCUGGAGGCCCUGGCUGAGGAGCGAGCCCAGCGGCUAGCACAAGCUGCCAGCCUCUACCAGUUCCAAGCAGAUGCAAACGACAUGGAGGCCUGGUUGGUGGAUGCACUGCGCCUGGUGUCCAGCCCUGAGGUAGGGCAUGAUGAGUUCUCCACGCAGGCCCUGGCCAGGCAGCACCGGGCCCUCGAGGAGGAGAUCCGAGGUCACCGACCUACCCUGGAUGCCUUGAAGGAGCAGGCUGCAGCCCUGCCUCCUGCACUGAGCCACACGCCGGAGGUGCAGGGCAGGGUUCCCACUCUGGAGCGGCACUACGAGGAGCUGCAGGCCCGGGCAGGCGAGCGUGCGCGAGCCCUGGAGGCAGCCCUGGCACUCUACACCAUGUUAAGCGAGGCUGGGGCCUGUGGACUCUGGGUGGAGGAGAAGGAGCAGUGGCUCAAUGGGCUGGCCCUGCCUGAGCGCCUGGAGGACCUGGAGGUGGUGCAGCAAAGGUUUGAGACCCUGGAGCCCGAAAUGAAUGCGCUGGCUGUGCGGAUUACUGCUGUAAAUGACAUUGCUGAGCAGUUGCUGAAGGCCAACCCACCAGGCAAGGACCAGAUCAUCAGUACCCAGCAGCAACUCAACCACAGGUGGCAGCAGUUUCGGUCCCUGGCAGAUGGCAAGAAGGCAGCUCUGACAUCAGCCCUCAGCAUCCAAAAUUACCACCUAGAGUGCACAGAGACCCAGGCCUGGAUGAGAGAAAAGACGAAGGUCAUUGAGUCUACCCAGGGCCUGGGCAAUGAUCUGGCUGGUGUGCUGGCCCUGCAGCGGAAGCUGGCUGGCACUGAGAGGGACCUGGAAGCCAUUUCUGCCCGGGUGGGUGAGCUGACCCAAGAAGCAAACGCCUUGGCUGCUGGCCACCCAGCCCAAGCCCCUGCCAUCAAUGCCCGGCUUGGAGAAGUACAAGCUGGAUGGGAUGACCUGCGGGCCACCAUGCGGCGCCGAGAGGAGUCCCUGGGUGAGGCACGGAGGCUACAAGACUUCCUGCGCAGCCUGGAUGACUUCCAGGCCUGGCUAGGCCGCACACAGACUGCUGUUGCCUCUGAAGAAGGGCCAGCUACCCUGCCUGAGGCAGAAGCCCUCUUAGCCCAGCAUGCGGGUCUUCGGGGAGAGGUGGAAAGGGCCCAGAGCGAGUACAGCCGCCUCAGGGCCUUGGGCGAGGAGGUGACCCGAGACCAGGCCGACCCGCAGUGCCUUUUCCUCCGGCAGCGUCUGGAAGCCCUCGGAACUGGCUGGGAGGAGCUGGGUCGAAUGUGGGAGAGCCGGCAAGGCCGCCUGGCGCAGGCCCAUGGCUUCCAGGGGUUCCUGAGAGAUGCUCGCCAGGCCGAGGGUGUCCUCAGCAGCCAGGAAUACGUUCUGUCUCACACGGAGAUGCCGGGGACACUCCAGGCUGCAGAUGCAGCCAUUAAAAAGCUGGAAGACUUCAUGAGCACCAUGGAUGCCAAUGGAGAGCGUAUCCGCGGGCUUCUGGAGGCUGGGCGCCAGCUGGUGUCUGAGGGCAACAUUCAUGCAGAGAAGAUCCAAGAGAAGGCAGACUCCAUCGAAAAGAGACACCAGAGGAAUCAAGAGGCAGUGCAGCAGCUUUUGGGCCGCCUUCGGGACAACCGAGAGCAGCAGCACUUCUUGCAAGACUGUCAGGAGCUGAAACUCUGGAUUGAUGAGAAGAUGCUGACAGCCCAGGAUGUGUCCUACGAUGAGGCCCGCAACCUGCACACCAAGUGGCAAAAACACCAAGCGUUCAUGGCCGAGCUGGCAGCCAACAAGGACUGGCUGGACAAGGUGGACAAGGAAGGGCGGGAGCUGACUCUUGAAAAGCCAGAACUGAAAGCCCUUGUGUCAGAGAAGCUGGGAGACCUGCACAGGCGCUGGGACGAGCUGGAGACCACCACCCAGGCCAAAGCCCGAAGCCUCUUUGAUGCCAACCGGGCUGAACUGUUUGCCCAAAGCUGCUCUGCCCUGGAGAGCUGGCUGGAGAGCCUGCAGGCCCAGCUGCACUCAGAUGACUAUGGAAAGGACCUCACCAGUGUCAACAUUCUGCUCAAGAAGCAACAGAUGCUGGAAAGAGAGAUGGCUGUGAGAGAGAAGGAGGUGGAGGCGAUCCAGGCCCAGGCAAAGGCCCUGGCCCAGGAAGACCAGAGUGCAGGGGAGGUAGAAAGGACCUCAAGGGCUGUGGAGGAGAAAUUCAGGGCCCUAUGUCAACCCAUGAAGGAACGCUGCCAUCGCCUGCAAGCCUCUAGAGAGCAGCACCAGUUCCAUCGGGAUGUGGAAGAUGAGAUAUUGUGGGUAACUGAGCGGCUACCCAUGGCCAGCUCCAUGGAACAUGGCAAGGACCUGCCCAGCGUCCAGCUUCUCAUGAAGAAAAACCAGACUCUGCAAAAAGAGAUCCAGGGCCAUGAGCCCCGGAUUGCAGACCUCAAAGAGAGGCAGCGGGCUCUGGGAACAGCAGUAGCAGGUCCAGAGCUGGCUGAGCUCCAGGAAAUGUGGAAACGCCUGAGCCAUGAGCUGGAGCUUCGGGGGAAGCGACUGGAGGAGGCCCUGCGAGCCCAGCAGUUCUACCGUGAUGCCGCUGAGGCCGAGGCCUGGAUGGGCGAGCAGGAAUUACACAUGAUGGGCCAGGAGAAAGCCAAGGAUGAGCUGAGUGCCCAGGCAGAGGUGAAGAAGCAUCAGGUAUUGGAGCAAGCCCUGACUGACUAUGCCCAGACCAUCCACCAGCUAGCUGCCAGCAGCCAAGACAUGAUUGACCAUGAGCACCCUGAGAGCACGCGGAUAACUAUCCGCCAAGCCCAGGUGGAUAAGCUGUAUGCCAGCCUGAAGGAGCUGGCUGGAGAGCGGCGGGAGCGUCUACAAGAGCACCUGCGGCUAUGCCAGCUCCGCCGAGAACUGGACGACCUGGAACAGUGGAUCCAGGAGCGUGAGGUGGUGGCGGCUUCUCAUGAGCUGGGCCAGGACUAUGAGCAUGUGACUAUGCUCCGAGACAAAUUUCGUGAGUUCUCCCGGGACACCAGCACCAUUGGUCAGGAGCGUGUAGACAGUGCCAAUGCCCUGGCCAAUGGGCUCAUUGCGGGGGGCCAUGCUGCAAGGGCCACCGUGGCUGAAUGGAAGGACAGCCUUAACGAGGCCUGGGCUGACUUGCUCGAGCUACUGGACACAAGAGGUCAGGUGCUGGCCGCUGCAUACGAGCUGCAGCGCUUCCUGCAUGGGGCCCGCCAAGCCCUGGCACGGGUGCAACACAAGCAGCAACAGCUUCCAGAUGGGACCGGCCGUGACCUCAAUGCUGCUGAGGCCCUGCAGCGCCGGCACUGUGCCUACGAGCAUGACAUCCAGGCCCUCAGCACCCAGGUCCAGCAAGUUCAGGAUGAUGGCCACCGGCUGCAGAAGGCCUAUGCUGGAGACAAGGCUGAGGAGAUUGGCCGCCACAUGCAGGCAGUGUCCGAGGCCUGGUCCCAGCUUCAAGGAAGUUCAGCUGCUCGCCGUCAGCUGCUACUGGACACGACAGACAAGUUCCGCUUCUUCAAGGCUGUCCGGGAGUUGAUGCUGUGGAUGGAUGGGAUUAACCUGCAGAUGGAUGCCCAGGAGCGGCCCCGGGAUGUGUCCUCUGCAGAUCUAGUCAUUAAGAACCAACAAGGCAUCAAAGCAGAGAUAGAAGCCAGAGCAGACCGCUUCUCCUCCUGCAUCGAUAUGGGGCAGGAGCUGCUGGCCCAGAGCCACUACGCAGCUGAGGAGAUCUCAGAGAAGCUGUCUCAGCUGCAGGCCCGGCGCCAGGAGACAGCUGACAAGUGGCAGGAGAAGAUGGACUGGCUCCAACUUGUUUUGGAGGUGCUUGUGUUUGGGAGAGACGCGGGGAUGGCAGAGGCCUGGUUGUGCAGCCAAGAGCCAUUGGUGCGAAGUGCAGAGCUGGGUUGCACAGUGGAUGAAGUAGAGAGCCUCAUCAAGCGCCAUGAAGCCUUCCAGAAGUCAGCAGUGGCCUGGGAGGAGCGUUUCAGUGCGCUGGAGAAGCUCACUGCGCUAGAGGAGCGGGAAGAGGAACAGAAGAAAAAGAGGGAGGAGGAGGAACGGAGGAAGCAGCCCCCUGCUCCAGAACCCAUGGCCAGUCUGCCUGAAGGGAGUCUGGUGGAUGGGCAGACAGCUCCUGACACUGCCUGGGACGGCCAUUCUAGAACCCAGUCACAAUUGCCACCAUCCACACAAGCACCCAGAGUUAAUGGGGUCUGCACAGACACAGAAUCCUCACAGCCCCUGCUGGAACAAAGACUUGAGCAGAGAAGCUUCUCAGAAAGGCCUGGUUCUGGCGCAGGGGAUGAGGCCAAUGGACCACAGGGAGACAGGCAGACCCAGCUUCGGGGCCCGGCCCCUCCUGCAAUACCACAGAGCAGAUCAUCUGAGUCAGCCCAUGUUGCUACAUUGCCCACUCGAGGCCCUGAGCUCUCUGCCCAGGAACAGAUGGAAGGGAUGCUGUGCCGCAAACAUGAGAUGGAGGCUUUCAACAAGAAGGCCGCCAACAGGUCCUGGCAAAAUGUGUACUGCGUCCUUCGGCGUGGGAGCCUCGGCUUUUACAAGGAUGCCAAGGCGGCCAGUGCAGGAGUGCCAUACCAUGGAGAAGUGCCUGUCAGCCUGGCCAGGGCCCAGGGCAGUGUGGCCUCUGAUUAUCGGAAGCGCAAACAUGUCUUCAAGCUGGGCUUACAGGAUGGAAAAGAAUAUUUAUUCCAGGCCAAGGAUGAGGCAGAGAUGAGCUCCUGGCUACGGGUAGUGAAUGCAGCCAUCGCCACUGCAUCCUCCAUCUCUGGAGAGCCAGAAGAGCCAGCAGUGCCCAGUGUCACCCGGGGUAUGACCCGGGCCAUGACCAUGCCUCCAGUGUCACAGCCUGAGGGGUCUGUCAUACUGCGCAGCAAGGAUGGCAGAGAAAGAGAACGAGAAAAGCGAUUCAGUUUCUUCAAAAAGAACAAAUAGCCGGGGACACAACUCCCAGAUCAGCUCCUCCCUCUGUUCAGGAAACUGCCAGGGACUGUUGACAGAGCCCACCCUCUUGUCAGGACAACUGCCUGCUGCUAGGGUCUGUUGCCAAGGUCAGCCCAUCACCAGGAACUGUCAAUGAGGACAAGCCAGUGUUCCCACGAACAACCUUCUCUUCUGCUGUUUAAUUCCAGACUGGUGGUGGGACCCAGGCAACCCCCAAUACCACUCUUCCCCCACCUUGUCCCCUUUUCCCCAGCCUUGUGCCUCCAUCCCCCACCACAGUGCAGAUAGUGUCACCCUCAACAUGGGCUGUGUGGGAACCACUGCCCCUGCCUCAGGGUUGCUCUGCCACUACAGCUAGGGUGUGCCAUCUGCCAUCCAGUUCCUUGCCCCCUGGAGACCAGCCAGGACCCUCUCAGAGCUGAAGCAGGACCCAGGGGCAGGAGCACCAGAUGAUGGAGUCAGAGGUACUGAAGCUCUCUCUGCCCAUCCUGUCUCCCCUCUGACUCAUGGGGCCACUCAUCUCCAGCCACUCUCAGUGGCUCCCAUGUGUGAGUUGUUCAGGGUAGCCACAGCCUGAGUCUGGCCACGGAGGUGAUUAAACAGCUCAGCUUCCCUCACUGCCUCUUGGUGUUGUUGCUUUCCUGACUGUAGCCUCUCCUAGCCUCUUAUCUCGGGCUCUAGUCUCGUGGUGUCAGAUAUCCACUCUACCCCCAGCUUCUGAGCCCCUCCCCCCAACCAAAAACAGGUGUGAUCCUGAAAAUCUUCCUGUCUCCCCAGUGGUAAUGACCUGUUUUGCUGGGUUGACCUGUGUGCAAAGCCCCUGUUUAGACCAAAGACAUUUACUGGAAGUUGGGUUGAUGUUAACCAACAGUAUUCAUGUUAAAAGGCAGCAGCAAGUCAUUCUCCCUGGUGCACAAUGUUCUUUUUCCUUUUUUUUUCCUCCCCUUGAAGUGCUAAGGAUGGAACUCUGGGCCUUGUGUAUGCUUGGCAAGCACUCUACCACUGAGCUACACCCCUGACCCCUACAAUUUCCUCGCUCAUAGCCCUCUUGACUGUUUUCAGUAAGGGGUGGUGGGGUGUAUUGCCACAACCUAGCCCCAACCACUGCUCAGUCAACAGUGGAGAGGUGAGCACCCUACUGUCUGUCUCCCCUAUAGAAAUGAGGGAGCUCACAUAGGAAUCAGAAGAAUGGCACCCCCUAAACAAUAGAUUAACAUCACCCUAAGAAGCCAUGAGGUCCAUCCUGAGCAUGUAAAUAAACACACAGUAUAUUCUACA